CGUGGAUUUCGACUCUUUUUCCCUUCGCCAAUGCAAAAGGAAAUAUGUUGCGAAGCUUCGCCAUCCUCUUCACCAGUUUUCUGGGGAUGAGCUUGGGUCAAGGCUCAAGUUUUCCAAGCAACAUCAAUAUAGGAGGAUUGUUCCCCACCGAAUCGCAUGAAUAUGAGGUUUUUCGGUUCGCCCUGUCCCAUCACCAGGACAUCCCCAAACUGGUGCCGCAGGUGGAUAUGGUCAAGAUGGGAAACAGCUUUUCAAUGACAUACGCCUUCUGCUCCCAGUUCUCCAAAGGGGUGUACGCCAUCAUCGGCUUGUAUGACAGGAAGACCGUGAAUAUGCUCAUGUCUUUCUGCGGGGCCCUUCACGUCUGCUUCGUCACUCCUUCGUUUCCCAUUGAGACCGCCAACCAGUUCGUGAUUCAGCUGAGGCCCGAGUUGCAGGACGCCCUGGUGGGGGUCAUCGAUCAUUACCGCUGGACCAAGUUUGUCUACAUGUACAGCUCCAACUCAGGCCUCUCGGUGCUGCAGAAAGUCUUAGACACAGCAGCGGAGAAGAACUGGCUGGUGACGUCCGUGAAUGUGGAAACCAUGACCGACAACUCUUUCCUCAAAGUGUUUCAGGAUCUGGACAAGAGGAAGGAGGGUCAGAUCAUCAUCGACUGUGAGACCGACCGCCUCACUGGGAUACUCAAGAUGAUUGUGGAUAAAGGAAAAAAUGCAAAGAGCUACCACUACAUCCUGGCUAACCUGGGCUUUCUGGACAUUGACCUGACAGACCUAAGAAAAGGCGGAGCAAACAUCACCGGCUUCCAGCUCGUCAACAACUCUGAGCCCGAGGUCAGCCGCGUGGUCCAGCAGUGGAUGGAGUUUGACAUCAAGGACUCGAAAAUGCCCAAAACUGGACUCAAGUACACUGGUGCUUUGACAUACGAUGGAGUGAAGGUUAUGGCGACCGCAUUUCAAAACUUGAGGAAGCAGAGGAUAGACAUUUCACGAAGGGGCAACGCUGGAGAGUGUCUGGCCAAUCCACCCGCUCCCUGGGGCCAAGGCAUUGACAUACAAAGGGCCCUACAGCAGGUCCGCAUAGAUGGAUUGACUGGGCACAUUCAGUUCAAUGAGAAAGGACGAAGAACCAACUACACAGUCAGCGUCAUGGAGCUGGCGCCGUCUGGACCCAAAAAGGUGGGAUACUGGAAUGAGGAUGAGAAGUACGUCACCACAGCCAGCUCCAUUCGAGGCAUCAAUGACACUUACGGACUGCAGAACCGGACCUACAUUGUCACGACAAUCCUGGAGUCUCCAUAUGUGAUGCUGAAGAAGAACCAUGAGCAGCUGGUGGGGAAUGACAAAUAUGAGGGCUACAUUGUGGAGCUGGCAGCAGAGAUCGCCAAACACGUGGGGUACCAGUACAAACUCAAGAUCGUCUCUGAUGGGAAAUAUGGGGCCCGAGAUCCAGAUUCCAAAAUGUGGAACGGUAUGGUGGGAGAACUGGUCUAUGGGAAAGCGGAUGUGGCUGUAGCUCCUCUCACCAUCACUCUUGUACGCGAGGAGGUCAUCGACUUUUCCAAACCCUUCAUGUCUUUGGGCAUUUCCAUCAUGAUCAAGAAACCCACCAAGUCCAAACCAGGGGUCUUCUCCUUCCUGGACCCCCUGGCAUAUGAGAUCUGGAUGUGCAUAGUCUUUGCAUACAUUGGGGUCAGCGUGGUUCUCUUCCUCGUCAGUCGCUUCAGUCCGUACGAGUGGCAUUCAGAGGACUACGAGGAGGGGGGUGAGCCACAGACCCCCACCCAGCCCUCUGCGUCCAAUGGGGUACAACAGACGCCCACGGUCCCACAGCCCAAUGCUGUUCAGCAGAGUCCAGAGCAGACCAAUGAGUUUGGGAUCUUUAACUCACUCUGGUUCUCACUGGGAGCCUUCAUGCAGCAAGGAUGUGACAUCUCGCCAAGGUCUCUGUCGGGGCGGAUUGUGGGAGGCGUGUGGUGGUUCUUCACCCUUAUAAUCAUCUCGUCCUAUACUGCCAACUUGGCUGCCUUCCUCACUGUAGAGAGGAUGGUGUCUCCUAUAGAGAGCGCUGAGGAUUUGGCCAAGCAGACGGAGAUCGCCUAUGGGACUCUGGACGCAGGAUCCACCAAAGAGUUUUUUAGGAGGUCCAAGAUCGCAGUAUUUGAGAAAAUGUGGUCGUACAUGAAAGCAGCGGACCCCUCAGUGUUUGUGAAGACCACCGAUGAGGGUGUGAUGAGGGUCCGGAAGUCCAAAGGGAAAUACGCCUACCUCCUGGAGUCCACCAUGAACGAGUACAUCGAGCAGAGGAAGCCCUGUGACACCAUGAAGGUCGGUGGGAACCUGGACUCUAAAGGUUACGGCAUCGCCACUCCAAAGGGCUCCCCCCUCAGAAACCCCGUAAACCUGGCAGUCUUAAAACUGAACGAGCAGGGCCUCUUGGACAAAUUGAAAAACAAGUGGUGGUACGACAAGGGAGAGUGCGGCAGCGGGGGCGGGGACUCCAAGGACAAGACGAGCGCUCUGAGCCUCAGUAACGUGGCUGGCGUGUUCUACAUCCUGAUUGGUGGUUUGGGUUUGGCCAUGCUGGUGGCUCUGGUGGAGUUCUGCUACAAGUCUCGGACCGAAUCCCGCCGAAUGAAGCAAUCCAUAAACGACGCCAUGCGCUGCUCCACACUGACCAGGAUGAGCGGGAAUGGGAACGGGGGCGAGAACGGACGAAUCCUCACCCACGACUUCCCCAAAACGGUCCAGACCCUGCCCUGUAUGAGCCACACUGCCAGCAUGGGACUAGGUGCGUCUGGAAUGUGA